GCUGAGGGCCCAGGGGGGAAGCGGACCCGCUGCGCGCCCGGGGGAGACCCACCGAGGUUCGCGGAGGGAGCAGCGCCGGGACGCACGCUUGGCACCAUGACCCAGACACACGCCUUCGCCAAGCCCAAAGUGGAACUUCACGUCCACCUGGAUGGAUCCAUCAAGCCUGAAACCAUCUUAUACUUUGGCAGGAAGAGAGGGAUCGCUCUCCCAGCUGACACAGCAGAGGAGCUGCAGAACGCCAUUGGAAUGGACAGACCGCUCAGCCUCCCAAGCUUCCUGGCCAAGUUUGACCUCUACAUGCCUGUCAUUGCGGGCUGCAGGGAAGCCAUCAAAAGGAUCGCCUAUGAGUUUGUGGAAAUGAAGGCCAAGGAGGGCGUGGUGUAUGUGGAGGUGCGGUACAGUCCACACCUGCUGGCCAACUCCAAAGUGGAGCCGAUCCCCUGGAACCAGGCUGAAGGGGACCUCACCCCAGAUGAGGUGGUGGACCUAGUGAACCAGGGCCUACAGGAGGGGGAGAAAGCCUUCAACGUCAAGGCCCGGUCUAUCUUGUGCUGCAUGCGCCACCAGCCAAAUUGGUCCCUUGAGGUGUUGGAGCUAUGUAAGAAGUACCAUCAGCAGACUGUGGUGGCCAUUGACCUGGCUGGGGACGAGACCAUUGAAGGCAGCAGCCUCUUCCCAGGCCACAAGGCAGCCUAUGAGGGGGCUAUGAAGAGUGGUAUUCACCGUACCGUUCAUGCCGGGGAGGUGGGCUCUGCUGAGGUGGUGCGAGAGGUGAGGAGCUGCUGCCCAUGGGCCCCUUCUUCCUGCCUCUCCCCCUAUUUUCCUCACUUGCUCCUCCCAACUUCUCCCCAGGCUGUGGACAUACUCAAGACUGAGAGGCUUGGACACGGCUACCACACCCUGGAGGAUGAGGCCCUUUACCACAGGCUGCGGCAAGAAAACAUGCACUUUGAGGUCUGCCCCUGGUCCAGCUACCUCACAGGCGCCUGGAAGCCAGAAACAGAACACCCCGUCAUUCGCUUCAAGAAUGACCAGGCUAACUACUCCCUCAACUCGGAUGACUCACUCAUCUUCAAGUCCACGCUGGACACUGACUAUCAGAUGACCAAACGGGACAUGGGCUUUACUGAGGAGGAGUUUAAGCGACUGAACAUCAAUGCGGCAAAGUCCAGCUUCCUCCCAGAAGAUGAGAAGAGGAAGCUCCUCAAUCAGCUCUACAGUGCCUAUGAGUUACUGCUGCCGGAGGCCACUACUGGGCAGGAUCCCUGAAGAUGGCAUGACCACCUCUCUGAGCACUCACCCUGUGGAUGGAGUAUUCACAACUCUGCGGAUCAAGUGACCCUGACCUUUACUUCUUCCAGGAAGACUGGGUCAGCUCCCGAUACUCGUGCAGCCUGUGUGCCUGUCCAUGUGCAUACACACAGAUCCCAGCACAGCCACAUCUCUCCACUGAUCAUGUGUCCUGGCAGGGACCAGGGCCCUUGCCAAUGGCAUGUAUGAAUCUGAAACCCUCUUUAAGGCAACUCAUGCUAAAAAAUCUGGUGCUCAAUAAAGCAGCUGGCGGCUGAUGUGGUACAGCAUAGGAUGUGCAUGGUCUUGGGCCUGCUGACACGGGUACAGUAAGAAUGGAAGGGCCUCUGCAUCUCCCACCCUGGGCAACCUACUCAACGACAGGGCCCCAGAGCCUAGUGGAGGCUAUGAAUGGAGAUUUGGAGCCACCAGAGCCAGCACCUCAUCUUCCAGGAGAAAUGGAGGGGGUGUCCAUUUAGAUGCUCCCUGCAUUCUCAGACCCUCUAUUCUGGGUCUUAAGUGGAAACCAUCCUUCUCAGAUUUUCGAAACUGUAGCCUGUAGGACACAGAAGGUUGCAGGGGGAAGGGUUCAUCAGAUCUGGGCCAGGAGUGCCGUUCGUCACUAAGGGUUACCACAUCUUCUCAGGGGCUUGUUCUAUGGAAUUCUGGAUGGCAACAAAGCACAGCUGACCAUGGACUUACAGAAAUAAAUCCCAGCCUCUGCUUUCACGGUUUAAAGGAGAAAGAAU